GAAGUGGCAUAGAUAUGCGAGUUCUGACGCGUAUGUGCGUUCUUAAGGAUGAUGUUGUCGGUCGGUCUGUCUGCCUGUUUCCACCUAUGCUAACUACAGACCUCUUGGAACUUCCUCCCCCUCUCUCCCACUUGCCUGGCAUACGUAUGUACAUGCGCUACCUGAACCUCGACGUACGGAUAUGCGCGUGCGUGCGUGCGCUUGCCCACACGUCGCGCGCCGGUGUGAGUAUGUGUGGCGUGGCGGUGAACUGCGUGCGUGGUCCGUCGGUCUGCUGUGGCGUGGUCUUGGACAGGUGUGCGACGUGGGUUCUUGUGCCCGUUCCGCCUCUGUUGUCGGAGGCUCCGGGGCUCGCUUGGCGCGGUGAGGUUUUGGAGGGACGCGGCGGAGGUCGGCUAUUGAACCGGCAGCACAACUUAGCCUCCAGUGGCUCGGCACAACUGGCCGCUCGAGUGACCUUCUCGAAGUUCGAAACUGUCCGCUGUGACGGGGAGGACUAUGCCGCGUCCGAUGGGCUGUGGUUGGAUGAGGGUGUUGCGCUCGUGGCGGGUGCGACGGCUUGACGUCAAUAGGUAUGUCGCUGUUUAACUGUGAGCAGCUCACUGUGGCACGGACUUAGGCACGCCAAAAUCGUCUCGUUGCACAGCAUACUGGAGUUUUAUGCUGUAUUUCUCCAGAAUUACCCUGUAUUGGAUUUGCCUCUUCCCUCGAUCGCGCGACUGGCAGUCUUCUGGCUUCCGCAGGGAGAUCUGGGUCAUCUGGCCUGAGGGAACACCAUCUUCACAACGAAGAUGCAUGUCCAGUGGCCGCGAUUUGGGGAAAGGGACUGUUCAGGUGAUAUUAGUCUCACUAAACAACACUGAGUCGACGACACGAGCAAGAACUUAGCAGAACUUCAUGUUCGAAUCCGUAUUUUGCAAAGAUCUUGCCAUGACUGUCUUCGACCUUUGCAUCGAGCUC